AAGAUAAGGUUGACCCCAGAGUUCAGGUGAGACCCGAGGAGAGAAAACUCGAGGGUACCUCUCCUCCACAUCCCUUUUCCUCAUCUGCCAUCUCUCUAAUCCAAGGGCUUGGUCCUCCGCGGGAUGCGCUCACAGCAUGGAAGGGCGCAUCUUCACCCAAUGGCUCUGGCGGCGGAGGCGCGGGGGGCGUGAACGCGAGCGAGGAGCGAAAAGUUGUGCGCCCACUUGGUAGGGAGAAAGAGAGCAAAGAGUGAGCGGGCGAGAGAGCAGGGGGACGGCAGGGAGGGGGUGGGGUGGGGACUGCUUACAUGAAUUUCCAAGUGGUAGACCUGCCUCUGUGCUCUGCCCAAUGAGAUCCGUCAGGGGAGGCACCCGGCUCACUUUUCCACAUCACUUCACAGUUACAUUUGGCAGGCAGGCGGGCUCGCACGCCGGAGCGCUCAGCUCAGAAUUAGUGGAUUUAUUUGGAAUCUCCCUGCCUCUUCGAAGCUCCUCCGCCUCUGUCGCGGGAUUGUGCAUAGACGGUAGCGUCGACCCACCAGCUGCACUUUGGACUGCGGACACCCGGACCCCAGAGCGUCCUCCCCGCGUCUCCACAAGCUCCGCAGCUCCGAGAGGCAUGAACGGAAUCCAGAGGCGCCUGCCCAGCGGACGGGGACCGGCUGGCACCCGCCGCCCUCGGGAACCGACCCCGAGCCCCUCUGGCCAUUUGUGAACCAGAAGGCUUGAAAUUCACCGGCGCUGAGCUCCAUACGAGAAAUUUCAAUGAAAAGGAAAGCCAAUGGGUUGUGGUCUUAGAAAAGCUGCUUAGAUCAUGUCUGUUUCCAGUACUGUAAACACGUGGCAGAGCUGUAAGUAAACGCUCCACACUGCAUGAUGAAUUGGAUGGCUGCGGACCGGAGACAAAAAAAAUAAUUGUCUCAUUUUCGUGGUGAUUUGCUUAACUGGUGGGACCAUGCCAGAACGGCUAGCGGAAAUGCUCUUGGAUCUCUGGACUCCAUUAAUAAUAUUAUGGAUUACUCUUCCUCCUUGCAUUUACAUGGCUCCGACGAGUCAGACUCAAGUUUUAAUGAGUGGAUCUCCUUUGGAACUAAACCGACUGAGUGGAGAACAGAGGGUUUUGAACCGCUCCAAAAGAGGCUGGGUUUGGAAUCAAAUGUUUGUCCUGGAAGAGUUUUCUGGACCUGAACCGAUUCUUGUUGGCCGGCUACACACAGAUCUGGAUCCUGGAAGCAAAAAAAUCAAGUAUAUCCUAUCAGGUGAUGGAGCUGGGACAAUCUUUCAAAUAAAUGAUGUAACUGGAGAUAUCCAUGCUAUAAAAAGACUUGACAGAGAGGAAAAGGCUGAGUACACCUUAACAGCUCAGGCAGUGGACUGGGAGACAAACAAACCUCUUGAGCCUCCUUCUGAAUUUAUUAUUAAAGUUCAAGACAUCAACGACAAUGCACCGGAGUUUCUUAAUGGACCUUAUCAUGCUACUGUGCCAGAGAUGUCCAUUUUGGGCACGUCUGUCACAAAUGUAACAGCUACCGAUGCUGAUGACCCGGUUUAUGGAAACAGUGCAAAGUUAGUUUAUAGUAUCUUGGAAGGGCAGCCUUAUUUCUCCAUUGAACCUGAAACAGCUGUUAUAAAAACUGCCCUUCCCAACAUGGACAGAGAAGCCAAGGAGGAGUACCUGGUUGUUAUCCAAGCCAAAGAUAUGGGUGGACACUCUGGUGGACUGUCUGGGACAACAACACUUACAGUGACCCUUACUGAUGUUAAUGACAAUCCUCCAAAAUUUGCACAAAGUCUGUAUCACUUCUCAGUACCAGAAGAUGUGGUCCUUGGCACUGCAAUAGGAAGAGUCAAGGCCAAUGAUCAGGAUAUUGGUGAAAAUGCGCAGUCAUCAUAUGACAUCAUUGAUGGAGAUGGAACAGCACUAUUUGAAAUCACUUCUGAUGCUCAGGCCCAGGAUGGCAUUAUAAGGCUAAGAAAGCCUCUGGACUUUGAGACCAAAAAAUCCUAUACGCUGAAGGUAGAGGCAGCCAAUGUCCACAUUGACCCACGUUUCAGCAGCAGGGGACCCUUUAAAGACACGGCCACAGUCAAAAUUGUCAUUGAGGAUGCUGAUGAGCCUCCCAUUUUCUCUUCACCAACUUACCUCCUUGAAGUUCAUGAAAAUGCUGCUCUGAACUCUGUGAUUGGUCAAGUGACUGCUCGUGACCCUGAUAUCACUUCCAGUCCUAUAAGGUUUUCCAUUGACCGUCACACUGACCUGGAGAGACAGUUCAACAUUAAUGCAGAUGAUGGGAAGAUAACUUUGGCAACUCCACUUGAUAGAGAAUUAAGUGUGUGGCAUAAUAUCACAGUCAUUGCUACGGAAAUUCGGAACCACAGUCAGAUAUCACGAGUGCCCGUUGCUAUUAAAGUGCUGGAUGUCAAUGACAACGCCCCUGAAUUCGCAUCCGAAUAUGAGGCAUUUUUAUGUGAAAAUGGAAAACCCGGCCAAGUUAUUCAAACAGUAAGUGCAAUGGACAAAGAUGAUCCCAAAAAUGGACAUUAUUUCUUAUACAGUCUUCUCCCAGAAAUGGUCAACAAUCCAAAUUUCACCAUCAAGAAAAAUGAAG